GACGCCAUGGCAGCGCGUCGCGACGGCCGCGGCAGCACGACGCGGUCGGCGGCACGACGACGCCAACACAGCAGCACGACGCGGCCGGCGGCACGACGAAGCGGCCACAGCAGCACGACGCAGCCGCCAUGGCAGCAAGAGAGAGAGAGAGAGAGAGAGAGAGAGAGAGAGAGAGAGAGAGAGAGAGAGAGAGAGAGAGAGAGAGAGAGAGAGAGAGAGAGAGAGAGAGAGAGAGAGAAACGAGCACGCGGCAGAAGCGUGGGGAGCAGGCCCGGGAAGGGCGACCUGCUCUAUUACCAUGUCACGAGACCAGGUAGCUAGGAAGCCAUGGAAUGGCACAACGGU